UAUCCGAAUUGUAAGUAGACAGAGGGAAAAACAUAGACAUGUUUGCAAGAAUGAAGCCAUUGGUGAAAGAAGCUCUGAACCAGACAUUAAUCUUCGGGAAAUUCCUCUGUCUUCUCCACAUCACAGACAAGUACAUUUGUUCCCCUAUCAUCGUUCAUGGGCCAAGUAUGCUUCCAACUAUGAAUUUAACUGGUGAUGUAAUAUUGGCUGAGCAUAUAUCAUCAAGAUUUGGGAAAUUGAGUGUUGGAGAUGUGGUUCUUGUUAGCUCACCUGAAAACCCUAGAAAAACUGUUACUAAGAGGAUUUUGGGCUUGGAGGGUGAUAAGGUUGCUUUUUUAGUUGACCCCUCUUUCGGGUCGGGCAAUUAUCGAACUAUUGUGGUCCCAAAGGGGCAUGUUUGGAUUCAAGGGGAUAACAUUUAUGCAUCUAAAGAUUCUCGGCAUUUUGGGCCUGUUCCUUAUGGUCUAAUCCAUGGCAAAGUUUUUUGUAGAUUAUGGCCGCCAGAUGGUUUUGGAUGGCUGGACCAGUAGUAGGCAUGUGUAUCUGUACAGCUAUAAGGAUAUCAUAUUGAAAACGAUUAGCAUCGAGAGGAACUUGAAUGUUACCUAUAUCCGGGGGUGAAACUAAAUUUGAUAAGAUGAAUUGCUAGAUCAACUUGCUCUUUCUGCAGGAGAAAUAUUUUUCUACCUUCUUCAUGGCUACUUCCAAAUGCUGUUCGAGAUAUCACAUCCCCAGAUAAAUCUUGAAGAUAGGGCCAUACAUCAACCUCUCGUGAACUUCCUGUUGUCAAGACUAGCAUUUCCCAUUUGUUGAUCAUCUCGCCACAACAUAAAUGAAUAGCGGGUAACAUAUUCUACCAAAGAUGAACGAGAUUAUUUUCAGCAAACCCUUGUAUACUGAUGAUUGUAUUUCUUUUCAUUAAAUUAAAGAUUGCUAGUAUAGUAA